CCCACGGAGGCGGGGUGCUGUCUCCCCACUGCCUGCCCCACGGAGGCGGGGCGCUGUCCUGCCCGCCCCCGGCCAUGGGGCCAGGCCACCUGCCCCACAGCAUUUAGGAGGGACGCCCCAAGCCUCGGCAGUGCCAGCCCGGCCUCGCGCUCCUCUCGCCACCGCUCAGCCCCACAGGGCCCGUGGAGACCGGCAGCUCCUUCCUACAGCCCAGCAUGCAGCAGCCCCACGAGCCCCCCGUGCAGCAGCCCCCCGGCUGUGGCAAGCUCAUCCCCGUGGGCGGCAACGCCGGUGGGUGCGCCGGUGCCAUCCCGAAGGGACCGGUGAUCUGCAGCACCGUGUGCGGGAACCCCUACGCGGGGCUGGUGAGCCACCUGCGGGCAGCCUGGCUUUCGGGGAAGACGCGGCCCUUGGAGUACCGCUUGGCGCAGCUGGAGGCCCUGGGCCGCUUCCUGGAGGAGAAGAAGCAGGACAUCCUGGAGGCCACCGCCUUGGACAUGGGCAAGCCAUCCUUUGAGGCCUAUUUCACUGAGAUCCUCCUCUGCAAGAACGAGCUCAACAACACCCUUAACAACCUGUCCCACUGGAUGAAGGACGAGUACGUGGACAAGAACCUGGUGAUGCAGCUGGACUCGGCCUUCAUCCGCAGGGACCCCUAUGGGGUGGUGCUCAUCAUCGCGCCCUGGAACUACCCCAUCCACCUCUUCCUGGUGCCCCUCAUCGGGGCCAUCGCUGCCGGGAAUUGUGUAGUUGUCAAACCCUCAGAGAUAGCCAAGAACACCGAGAGGCUUGUCGCCGAAAUGCUGACCUGCUACUUGGACAGUGACUGCUUCGCCGUGGUGACCGCGGGCGUGCAGGAGACCACCAGGCUGCUGGAGAACAAGUUUGACUACAUCUUCUUCACUGGCAGCCCCUCCGUAGGCAGGAUCGUGAUGACAGCUGCUGCCAAGCACCUGACACCGGUGACGCUGGAGCUGGGGGGCAAGAACCCCUGCUACGUGUCCGACACCUGCGACGUGCAGAACGUGGCCCGGCGGGUGGCCUGGGGACGCUUCUUCAAUGCGGGGCAGACCUGCAUCGCGCCCGACUACAUCCUGUGCAGCGUGGAGAUGCAGGACAAGCUGAUGCCCGCCCUGCGCGAGGCCAUCACCGAAUAUUUUGGCCCCAACCCGCAGGAGUCCCCCGACUUUGCCCGCAUCGUGGGGGACAAGCAGUUCCGCCGCGUGCGGGCGCUGCUGUGCAGCGGGCGCGUGGCCAUCGGGGGACAGACGGACGAGAAGGAGCGCUACAUCGCCCCCACAGUGCUGGCAGACGUGCAGCCCUCUGAUCCUGCCAUGCAGGAGGAGAUCUUUGGGCCCAUCCUGCCCAUCGUCGUCGUGGCCAACAUGGACGAAGCCAUUGACUUCAUCAACGCGCGGCCCCGGCCGCUGGCCGUCUACGCCUUCUCCUGUGACAGCAAGGUGGUGAACCAGGUGCUGGAAAGAACGAGCAGCGGCACCUUCUGCGGCAACGACACCCUGAUGCAAGUGACACUGACCUCACUGCCUUUCGGUGGCAUUGGUAACAGUGGCUUGGGGAAUACCAUGGCAAGUUCACCUUCGACACCUUCUCUCAGCACCGCGGCUGCCUGCACCGCAACAUGGGCCUGGAGGCCAUCAACAGCCUGCGCUACCCGCCCUACAACCAGCAGAAGCUGGGGCUGAUGACGGCCACCUUUGAGAUCAAGCGCAAGGGCAUGUGCACCCUGCUCUGAGGAGUGCCCCGCGCCGCUCAUGGACUGACCGGGCUGGGGAUGCGUGGCUGGGGCCUGCAGAGUGAAACCCCCUUUGUCUGCACCGCUCCCUCUGUCCCGUGCCACAUCCUUUGCCUCACUGCCACCCAGAUGUGUGUUGGACAGCAGGGACAGACCCCUCCUGCACAUUCACUCCUGCCCAGCUUCCUCUGCUCUGGACCGUGUGCCGUGAUAUAGCUGAAAUGUCAAAAAUUUCUUGUUCUCACCCCAGACUUCUCUUCUUGGCAGAGAAGCAGCCCCCUGGAUGUUGAGAGCCAGCAGUUAGCCCCAUCUCUCGUUAGAUGACCCUUUCCGUCCCUGUGAACCUUGCUCUCCUGACAGCUGUUGCUUUUUCCUCUGUGUAACUCUGCUUUAGUAAAGACUUUGCAUUGA